AUGUCUACUGCAUUGACGCCUUCAAAGAGAUCGCAUGAUAGGAAGUCCACGGAGGCCAAUGGGAAAGGAAAGCGGCGAAACACAGUUGGCGCAAAUUCCCCCACCCAACCCUUGAAAUCCUCUCAUGGUACUGUAGGUCUCCGUAUGCUAUGUCCUGCUUCAAAAAUUAGUAGUGUUAUUGGGGAAGAUCGUGCCCUUAUAUCACAAAUUCGUCAAGAAACUGGUGCAAAGGUUAUUGUCGAGGAAAAUAUCCCUGGAUGUGAUGAUCAGAUAAUUGUCAUCACUGGUUCUGACGAAGAGACUGAAGUCAGUAUUGAACAGAGCAAAGAGGAUGUUGAUAAAGAGGCCAUUGUGGCUGAAGAGAGUGAUAAUAAAAACGAUGGCAAUGAGAAUGAAGGAAAUAAGGAAAGUGUUCCUGAAGAAGACUCAGGGACUGUAAAAGAAACUUCAUCACUGCAGAAAGCAUUGUUGCUUUUUUUGGAAAAAUUGGUUGAAGCAGAUCCGGUGACGGAUGGAGUGGAUGAGGAAAAUAACAAGCCUUCUACUUUUAUUUUGAGGUUACUUGUCCAUUCUAGUCAAGUUGGCUGCCUUUUGGGAAAGGGUGGCAGUGUAAUCAAACAAAUGUCAGCUGAAAGUGGGGCACAGGUUAAGAUCUCUCCUAGGGAUGGACUGCCCAUAUGUUCAUCAGCUUCUGAUGAGCUAGUUCAGAUAACAGGAGAGAUUGAUGCAGUUAGGAAAGCUCUUCAAUCAGUUUCUAAACAGCUUUUGGAUAAUCCACCUAGGGAUUAUGACUCUUUCCGUACCAAUCCUACUGGGACUUCAUCUCAUUCGUCUGGCCAUCGUCAUUACAGGUCAGAAGCUCACCUGCCGCAACGCCAUUCUUUUUCUGCUCGUGGAAAACCUUAUGCUGGUGGACCUUGGGAUCGUCAUGAAAGUGUCAUUCAAGAUCAAAUGAAGCCUGUGCCCGAGGCAGUAACCUUCCGCUUAUUGUGUCCCAAUGAGAGAGUAGGAGGUGUCAUUGGAAAGGGAGGGACAAUAAUAAAGGCCCUUAAGCAAGAAACUGGCUGUGAGAUUAAAGUUAUGGAAGGAGUUUCUGAUUCAGAGGACCGAGUUAUCGUCAUCUCUGGUCCUGCGCACCCAGAUGAUAGGAUAUCAGCUCCUCAAGAUGCAGUUAUUCGGGUGCAAACCAGGAUAGCUAUGGCUAUAUCUGACAAAGAAAAGGCUGUAAUAGCAAGGCUUCUUGUUUCCUCUAAUCAAAUUGGUUGUCUCCUUGGCAAGGGUGGCGCCAUCAUGGCUGAGAUGAGGAAGUCAUCUGGUGCUUAUAUUCGUAUACUUGGGAAGGAUCAGAUUCCAAAUUGUGCUUCAGAAAGUGAAGGAGUGGUUCAGAUAAACGGAGAGUUUGAAGUAGUUAAAGAGGCUCUUUUGCAGAUAACCACUAGGUUAAGGCAUCAUUUCUUCCGUGAUUUAUUUCCUUCCAUGGACCAUCUUUCAAAUCCAGCCUUUCUGAAUCAAGUGCCUCCAUUUCCUCCAUAUAUGGGAAGGAGGGAACUCUCUCCUCCAUUCCAUUCAUUUCCCAAUUUUGAUGGAAUGGUUGGUGCACCUCCACAUGUCGGUUUCCUCCCUCAUGACGAUCAUCCUCCUUUCAUUCACAAUAUUCAUAGACCAGGGAUGCCUCCACAUAUAUCUGAAAGAAAACCAUGGGGUCCUCAGGGACUUGUUGAAACUGGUGGCCCAAUGGGCUUGCCAGACUUUGCAGGACCUCCUCCACAAAGAAGAAUUUCAGGUUUUGGAGGGGUGAGCCAUCCAGCUAUCAUUACAAGUACCACUAUAGAAGUUAUUGUUCCUCGUACCAUUGUUCCUGUUAUUUAUGGAGAAGAUGGUGCAUGUUUGAGACAAAUUCGUCAGAUUUCUGAUGCAAAAAUUACAAUUAAUGAGCCAAAGUCAGGAGCUGUUGAAACAGUGAUUAUAAUAUCUGGGACGCCUGAACAGACCCAUGCAGCGCAGAGUCUUAUUCAAGCAUUUGUUCUGAGUGAAAGAGAGACUUCCUGA